ACAGUUCGAACUCUAUCAUAACUGUUAACACAAUGAGAGCUUCGCUAGUGAUCUGUGCCUUGGUUGUGGUCUGCGUGGCACCUGCCAUCCAGGCCAGCCGCGUUAUGGACCGCUGCUCCCUUGCCAGGGAGAUGGCCCAGAAUGGGGUUCCACGGGAUCAGCUGGCCCGCUGGGCGUGCAUCGCCGAUAAGCAGAGCAACUACCAUACCGACGCGGUGAGCCCGACAAAUAAGGACGGCUUCCGCAGUUACGGGAUCUUUCAGAUCAGCAAUCAGUAUUGGUGCUAUUCAGCAAAGGAACCCUCCAGGGAGGUCGAGUGCCGCACCGUCUGUGAAGUUUUCUUGGAAGAUGACAUUGGCGAUUCGGUGAUGUGCGCCAGGAAGAUACAGGAGAAGCAGGGCUGGUCCGCUUGGCCAGGAUGCACCGAGUCGCUGCCAUCGAUCGACGAUUGUUUCUAAGACUUCAAAUAUGGCAAACCUUAUGUAAAUCCUCGAGGAUUGUACACCCCAUAAAUAUUACUUUUAAUGAG